UCCUAGCAACAGACGCAGGAGACUGUUAAACCGCCUGGACCUGCGAGAUGGAGAUGGAUGUAUUGGCUACAAGCAAUCGCUUUUCAGUAGAAGGCGACAACCUGACCCUGGACCCAGACCUGUAUGAAGCUGACAGCUAUGACAUCCCAGACCCUGGGCUGCUCAAAGAAAAGAAUGAGCCAUCAUCCUCAGAGCCGGUCUUGAAGCUUUUUACCAGGAGCUCCUGGUGGCACAGUAUGACCCCUGGCACCCGUGCCCGCCAGCUGUGGCUGCUGCUGCGUACAAGCCUCCACAGCUUUGUGGAAAAGGAAAAGAGAUCCGAGUUGCGUGUGGCUUGCUUGACACAUGGAUUGGAGCCACUGCGCCGCCUGGAGGUAGCAGCAGGGCUAUGUUCAGUGGCGCAGGACCCAGUGGGUAGACGUUUUGUGGUGCUGGACGGUGUAGGUUGCCUGCACCUGCACAGAGAGGAUGGCUGGGCGCAGGAGAAGCUGCUGGCCCCCACUGCCCUCAGGGGGCUGGUGGUAGUGCCAGGUCCGCUGGGCUCUGUGGGCCGCUAUGUGGGCUGGGGCCCCGCAGGGCUGGCCAUACUAAGGCCGGAUCUCAGCCUGCUAUGGCUGAGUGAGCCAAGGGUGGGUCGGGCGCCCCACGGAGAGCCCAUCUACUGCCUGCCAGUGCCUGACUUGGGGCUGCUGCUAGUAGUGGAGGCAGGCGGCGGCCUGGCGCUCUGGAAGUUCCGUUUAGGGGGUCGCUGUCUGGUGCCUAGUGGGUCACCUCUACUGCCUCCGCCAAGCUCCACCCAUGCUCUCGUUGGUCUGGCUCUGGGGCCCCUGCCUCCCCACCACCCUCCGCGCUGCUUCGCAGCCUAUGGCUCAACCGUAGUCACCUUUGACCUGCACGCCUGGGCUGUCGUAGAUGUGCACCAGAAACUGCACAAAACCACCAUCUCCGAUUUGGCAUACUGUGGAGAGGUAGAGGCCACGGUGACGGCUUCCCGAGACAGCACGGUGAAGGUGUGGGAGGCCGACUGGCAGAUCCGGAUGGUGUUUGUGGGCCACACAGGCCCAGUGACAGCUCUGGCCGUGCUCCCGAACACACCCCUGGUGCUGUCAGCCUCACAGGACGGGACGCUUCGCACAUGGGACCUGCAAGCAGUGGCACAGGUGGGCGAAGUGAUGCUGAGCUACUGGGGCCAGGACAUGCGGUCAGGCAGCGUGAACCGCCUACUGGCACCCGCCAGUCCUGGCUGGCCGGUGCUCUCCUUGCGUGCAGGCAGCGUGGAGCUCUGGCGCCUGCGCGAGCUGUACUCGCCAUUGGCCCAGCUGUCAGCACCAGUGCUCCACCUGCAGGUGGCGCCCGCGCUGCCCUUGUCCUCGCGCCCUGCUCUGCCAGCACGCCUCGUGUGCGCAUGCGCAGAUGGCUCCGUCUACCUCGUGUCCGUGGCUACGGGGCUAACCGUGAGCGCACUGCUGCUUGAGCCCGAGGACUGUGCCGCCGCCGUGGCCUACUGCUUGCCACGUGAAACGCUGUGGCUGCUAACCCGCGCCGGGCACCUGGUGUGUGCCAACGCGGCGUGCCACCCUAUGUGCGUGCUGUACCGCGCGUGCCCACCACCACCCCCAGCGCCCAGGCCCUGCUGCCUGCACCUCUACAGCCACCUCAUAGACCCCAGCAGUGCGUUUGCCAGCUGGAAGAUCGUGCGCCAGCACGGGGGCGAGCCGUGCCACAGCGACAUCCAGGCUUGGAAAGACAAGAACCGGUACCUGCCGGUGCUGGGACACGCGGAUGGCACCCUGUCAGUGCUGGAGUGGCGCACAUGGAAGGCUGUCUUCCAUACACAGGCACAUAGCCCCGGCCCGGUCAUCGCCAUUUCGUCUACCUGGAACAUCAUGGUGUCCUCGGGCAGAGACUUGACCGUGAAGAUGUGGCGUGUCUUCCCUUAUGCUGAGGAGAGCUUGAGCCUGCUGCGCACCUUCUCCUGCUGCCACCCUGCCCUGGUGCUCUCUGCGCUUGGCAAUCGCGUCACUGUGGGCUUUGAGGACUCAGACAGUGCUACUUACGGUCUGGUGCAGUUUGGCCUGAAAAACAGCCAACGCUAUGACCAUCGGCCCCAGGACGACCCCACGGACCACAUCACCGGCUUGUGCUGCUGUCCCACGCUCAAGCUGUAUGCCUCCUCCAGCCUGGACUGCACCAUCCGGAUCUGGACCACAGACAACCACCUACUGCGGCUCCUGCAGCUGAAUGGAGCCCCUCAGGCCCUGACCUUCUCCAACAACAGUGGGGACCUGGUGCUGGCUCUGGGCUCCCGCCUCCACCUGGUAUCUCACAGGCUCUACCUGCCCACAUCCUACCUGGUUAAGAAGCUGUGCCAGGAGGUCCCUGAUGUGGUGGACGACCCUCCACUGCCACUGACCAGCCAGGAAUCACUGACCUCAGCCCAGCUGCAGAGGCUCGCCAACCUGCAUGGGGUUUCCAGUCUCAGCACGGCCUUGUCUUUCAUCCAUUGCCAGAUGGCAGCACCUCAGCAGCCACUGUUGGAGGAGGACCUGGAAGCCUUAGUUGCCCGGGACUAUGACCUUCAGCGGCUGAGACUGGGGCAGGUGGUCCCAGCAGUGCGGCCCCCACCCUCCUGGCAGCAGCAGCAGGAGGCCUUUGACCACUACCUGCAGCUGGUCUACGGCCCGGCCCUGCUGGGCAUUUGUUCCGGAGGAGCCGAGUCACAGUGGUGGAACACCGUGACCCUUACAGCGGAGAGAGAAACCUGGGAUGUCUGCACCCUGCCCCAAGCUGCCCCCGGUCUCGGGAAGGCGGGGGUCUGCACCGAAACCUCCAUACCGCCAACAGCCCUGCCCCUGCAGGACUGGAAGGCACUGUGCCUUCCCCAGAUCACCUGUCCCAUCCCACCUCCCCACCGGGGAGCACACAGCAGGGAAUCCCAGAUGCUGGCCCGUUCCUCCCUGGGCUCCUCCCUGGGCCUCAGUGUGGAUCUUCAGCUGCAAUUGGAGCAACUCCCCCAUGAGAGGCCCGUGGCCCCAGACUCACUGUCUUCCCACCUGCAGCACAGGGUCCCCCUGCUGCUGGAGAGGCGGCCCAAGGAGCUUCUCUCUAACUUCAGGGGCUUCUUUCCUGCUGCCAUUGAGCCCUACAAGGACCUGCCGAGGCCCAUCCGCUUCCCAGGCUGCGUCCCCAACUCCGUGGUGCUGCAGCAGAUGUGGCCACCCAGGGAAGUCAGGGUCCCUGGAGCCCAGGCCUGGCUCACCAGCCAGGGCUCACUCAAGUCAAGGGGGAGCCAGCAGGAUGAUUGGUGGCCGUCUCGGAGUAGGAGGCGCCACACCACGUGGCCGCAGAAGCUGAUCCAUUGGUUGGACAAGGGCGAGGAGGAUGAGGAGGAGGAGGAGGAAGAGGAAGACAAGGAUUUGGAUCUGGAUUGGACCUCAGACUUCCUGAGCCCCCACCCAGGGCUGUCCCAGGAGCUACUGGAGUUUGAGGAGCCAUGGGCCCAGAGCUUGGCGUCCUUGACUAAGAGAAGCUCCAGAGACAGCUCCAGGAUGGAGAACUACCUACACCCCCACUGGUACCACUACCAGCACUCGCUGUUGGAAGAGCGCUAUGGGCAUCUGCCCAGGUUCCUGCGUUUCUUUGCCAUCCAGAACUGGUUCAAAAAGCUGUUCCCCAUCUUCACCCUGGAGGCAUACCCCGAAGUGGGCACAGUGGAUGGCUUGGCCUCUCUGUUCAUGGACCUGCUGGAGGAGGCCUCCUGGGAGGACCGAGUGCACAUCCUGUAUGCGUUGCUGAGGCUGAUGCCUGACAUGAGCCGAGACCUCUGUAGCAGGCUGCACGCCAUCCUCCUGUACCUGCUCAACCUGGACCAUCCCCCCAGCCUCCAGGUCAGGACGCAGAAGCAGUUUGUGAUGCUGGCACUGCAGCUGGUGCUGGCCUGCUCCCUGGAGUCCCAUGAGGUGGUGCUGGAGCUCAUGUCCUACUUCCUCUACUCGCCAGUCUCCUGCCGGUCUGAGCUCAAGGAGCUGCUGGACGGACUAGGCCUUCAGGACCCAGAGGGCCUCCUGUUCAAGGAGAUGGUGACCUGGGCCCAGGGCCUGGACCUGGAGUCCAAGGCUGUGCUGCGCAUUUGCUGUAGCCAGAAGCUGGAGGAGAUGAUCCACCACCUGCAGGUCUGGUGGGAGGGGGGGGGGGCGGGCCUCCCGCCAGUGGAGCCCCUGGCCUUCUCCUGGGGCCGCCCCCAAGUCCAGGGAGGAGGGCCAAGUGAGGCUGCUGGGCUCCUCGCCUCACUCCAACGUCGUGCGACACCUGCCUCCGUGGUCUCUGUGUCUCUCGGGAUCUUCCUGCUCCUUCCUGGGAGGGAGUCUGCACUGGGGUCAGGCUGGGAUCCAGGACCAGCACCACUCCCUGGGCCCCCAUGUGUCCUCCACUGGCCACCCCCCCGCAGAUGGAAACCUCAACCAUCAGUAGCCAAGUUGUCGGAGAUGCUGCCCAAGGUCUCGGAGACCUCAGUGCUUUCGCCCCGGUCCAAGGAGACCCUGUCACCGAUGUCCACAGUCUCCGGGGUACCCAUUUGCAUCUGUGUGACGCCCUCAUUCCACUCCGGGACGCCUUCCCUGGUGACCUCGCCUGGGGAGCCAGGUUUGGCCGCCCUGGAGUCCCAGACCCACGACAGGUUCCCACUGAUGCACGCCUGGCACACCUGCUGCACACUCUCCGAGACACUGAUGCCCUUCUCCUCCCUGGCCGAGCUCCGGCUGCCCUCCGUGGAAUCUGACGCACUGCCCAACCACCCACUGCUCCUGGAGCAGACGGACUGGUCACAGUCAAAGAUAAUGGACCUGGGGCCAAUUGACGCCCUCAACUAUUUCUGCGAGCUGCAGCGGGUGCGGCGGCUGAGUUCCCUGCACAGCAAGGAGCCUGAGAGCCCACGCCUAAGCCAGAGGACACUGGGCCCCAACGCCGUGGUGCCACAGUUCCGCCCCCACCCGCCCAACCCCAUCCUUCCGCUUCAGGAGACCAAGAUCCGGAGGUCUCCAAAGAGACAGAGGGCCUCAGGCCGAAUGCUGUCCUGGCACCGGGAGGGCCUCCCCCUCGAAGGCCCCAUCCGGACACUGAAGCUGCCGCUGCCUCGGGUGGAAGUACGGCCUUUCCCCUCGGACUGGCCCCGGCCUGCGCGUCCGCUGCCACCCCUGCUUCUGCAGCCUGCUCUGCAGCGCUACUUCCUGCCGGACCACGCGGACCCCGACAGCUACAGCUGACCUGGCCUGAUGCUGCUCCCGGCCAGCCUCCCCUUCCCUCCAGGGAAGGGCUCAGGACUCAGCUCUUCACUGGGCUGUUUGCCCCUGGCAAACAGGGGCUGCAUGAGGCUGCAAUAAAGUGCAGCCACCAAACUGGGUGCCACAUCAU